UGACCUCACCCUUGCAGACGACAUCCCCGACCGUGUGACUCACAUUCCGGACAUUUUCACUCCCGAUUUAGACACGAUUUUCCACGUUUCUCUUAAGAUUGUCGGAAACCCUUCAAAUCAAACAUGCAGAACCCAGAUGAAGACACGGAGUGGAACGACAUCCUGCGUAAGAAGGGAAUUCUUCCCAAGAAGGAGAAACCAGAGAUCACAGAGCAGCAGCUGGAGGACAUGAUCGUGGAGAGACUCCUCGAAAAACAGCAUAAGAAGGUAGAAGACAUGACGUUAGAGGAGCUGGAGGAACAGGAAGAUGAGGAGGAUGAGAGAGUCAUCGAGGCCUACAGGAGACAGCGUAUAGCUGAGAUGAUGGCUGCAGCUGCCAAGGCGAAGUACGGGGAGGUGCGGGAGAUCUCAGCUAACGACUGGGUCGACCAGGUCAACAAGGCAGGCGACGGCGUCUGGGUCAUACUACAUCUAUACAAACAGGGAAUCCCCCUGUGUGCCCUCGUCAACAGGCAUCUAGACAUCCUCUCCAUGAAGUUUCCACAGACCAAGUUCCUGCGCAGCAUCUCGACCGUCUGUAUACCCAACUACCCUGACAAGAACCUGCCCACCGUGUUCGUGUACUACCAGGGCGAGAUGAAGGCUCAGCUGAUUGGUCCGUUUGAAUUCGGAGGGAUGAAUCUGACACAGGAUGAGUUGGAGUGGAAGCUGUCCAAAUCAGGUGCCAUUAAAACCACGCUAGAAGAGGACCCAACCCCCAAGAUAGAGGACAAAAUGAUGUCCUCAGUAAAACAGGCAGUCGGACGACCCUCACAGGACGACUCCAGUGAUGAUGAUGAUGACUGGUAGCCAACUUUUGACCUUCGUUUGUUCAUUUGUUUGACCUUGAACUCAUCUGUACAGUUUUUGUUGACAAUUUUUGAUAGUGAUUAAUAUUUCUGUAGAUAUUUAAGCGAAAAAGUAGAAAAUCAGUCUUUUGUAAAAAAAA